AGUGCUGACCAACCAAACCAGAUGAGCCAAGGAUACUAGGGUUCAUCUACCGCCGCGAAGAGCAAUGGAAGACCUAGAAUUAGAUCCUGGGAGGCCGAUUUUCAGAGACGUAAGACGUUAUUACUGCGAUUAUUGUGGCAUUUGUAGAUCGAAGAAGUCUCUCAUGAGCUCUCACGUCCUCACUCGUCACAAGGAAGAGAUUGAUAAAGAAAAAAUCGAUGGAGCUGGGGAGCCUGAGCGGGCGAAGUCCAAUACUUGUGAAGAAUGCGGCGCUAGUUUCAAAAAGCCUGCACACCUGAAACAGCAUAUGCAAAGUCACUCACUGGAGAGGCCAUAUGAAUGUUCGGUUGAGGAUUGCCACGCUAGUUACAGAAGGAAGGAUCACUUGACUCGCCACUUUCUUCUGCACCAGGGGAAGCUCUUUGAAUGCUCGACAGAAAACUGUGACAAGAAAUUUGCUUUCCAAGGGAACAUGACAAGGCAUGUCAAAGAAUUUCAUAGUGAUAAUUCUUCCUUGGAUGAUGGAGGUCAAAAGCAGUACGUCUGUCAGGAGCCUGGGUGUGGGAAGUUGUUCAGAUUUGCAUCAAAGCUGUGUAAGCAUGAGGAAUCCCAUGUUAAGUUGGAGUCAGUGGAGGCACUAUGUUUAGAACCAGGUUGUAUGAAACAUUUCUCGAACAUUAAGUGCCUUAAAGCCCAUGUCCAGUCCUGCCACCAACACAUCACCUGUGACAUUUGUGGUAUAAAGCAUCUGAAAAAGAACAUCAAACGACAUCUCCGCAUGCACGAGGGUGGUGUUUCAUCAGAGAGAAUAAAAUGUCACUUCAAGGAUUGUCUCCACACAUUUUCAACUAAAACCAAUCUUGCCCAGCAUGUGAAGGCUGUCCACUUUGAAGUCAAACCUUUUACCUGUAGCUUUCCGGAUUGUGGAAUGAGAUUCUCGUUCAAACAUGUGAGAGAUAACCAUGAGAAAAACGGGCUUCAUGUUUAUACUCCUGGUGAUUUUGAAGAAUCUGAUGAGCAAUUUCGGUCUAGACCUAGGGGCGGCCGUAAGAGAAAGUGCCCAACUGUGGAAAUGCUAAUCAGGAAAAGGGUCACCCCACCAAAUCACAUGGAUCCUAUAAUGAAUCACUUGUCCUCUUUGGAGGCAGAGCAGGAUGAAAUAUCAUCCUGAUGGGAGACAAAAGUAAGAUGAAUACCCUGUAUAUUGUUCAUGAAUUGAGUUCCACGUCCAUGUCUUUCUGCGGAUUUACGUGCUACGUCUCUGGUGUGGUUAUCUAUGAAAUUUGUGGGAUUGCAAGCUACGUUCUAUACUGUAGGCAUUUUUUGUAAAAUAGGUGGUGGUGCUUAUUAGGGGCAAUUUUUUUGUAUAGAGUAUAUUUUAAAUAAGUAGAGAUGCGCUUGCUCUCAGACUUGAUUUUCACUUUUUCCUGAAGUGAAAUAUCCUCCUUGUCUUAGUGGCAGUGAGGAAAAUUGUUCCAA